GACUGUGGGUGGCUGAGUGUGUGGGUGUGUGAUACGUGUCUAGCUGUACUGUGCUCCAUGGCUGCCCCACCUGCCAUAAACCUUUCCUGCUCCCUCCCAUCUCUAAGCAUAGCAAACACAGGAUGCAUGGGGAAAGCCAAUCAGGACACAGCAAGGCGGGUCGAGUUGCAUGUGCUCUUGUUUGUGUACCUGCAAAAGACAGCUCCCGGCAGAGAGGGCGGGAUUGCAGCUAGAGUGUCUCUCUUCUGCCAGUCUGGGGUUAGAUUCACUGGAUAGAGUAAAGCUGUGCUGGAAGUCAACCAAUCCAACCACAACUUUUGCCGCAAGUGUACUGGAGGAAGGCAAGAAGAAAUAAUGUUACUGUUGGAUUGCAACACAGAGGCUGAUGGGCAGAGCCACCUUCUGGAAGCUGGGACUGAAGUGAAUUUAGCUGCUGAUGGAUUUUGUCAGUCCCCAGCUCAUCUGGCUGCUUGUGGAGGAUAUGCUUUCUUCCUACUUUGGCAACAGCAGACAGGAGCCAAUCUGAACCAACAGGACUGGAUUGGGGAAGCUCCAAUUCACAAGGCAGCUAAAGUUGGGAGUUUGGAGUGUCUUACUUUGCUAGUUGCCAGUCAUGCUGACAUUGACUUGCGCAAUAAGAAUGGUGAAACAGCAGAAGACCUUGCAUGGGCUUUUGGAUUUUUGGACUGUGCACAGUUCCUCAGGAAAAUGAAACACAUUCAAAACAGGAAAGCAACAACACAGCUUAGUUACUCUCUGCAUGAUGACUGCUUGCUUAAAGACACAGAAGCAAGACAGAAACGAGCUUAUGAAAGCAAGAGAUCCAUAAGCAAGAAGAGGAGAUCAAAUGAAUAAAGAUGAAGUCUUUGAUGUCACGUGAAAGCCAAUUAUUGCAAGAAGAUGUGUGAACG